CCCCAGCUCCGUCCGGGAGCAGCCGCAAAGCCAGACGGAUGACUGACUAUAAUGGGCAAUGUUCAAUCCGAAGCCACCCAAGAAUCAGAAUCGGUCAAAGACGGGGUGGACAAAACGAACCCGGACACGAACAAAUCAGAACGGGAAUUAAGCAAACAUGGUUUGGGCAGCCGGCCCCCUGGUCCUCCAGUCCCUGAACACAAAGGGGUCAGCCAGACGCUGAACAGCGAGCCAGGGGGAGGGGACCGGCAGACCGGAACGGCAGAGAUGGGGAAGAACCAUUCCAAAAAAUCAAAACUCAAGCUGUCUUCUGUGUGGACCCAGAACUCGGUCAGUGCUGGAUUGAAGGAGGCCAGCCUUUGCGACAAGGACCUGGGGACAGAGAAAUGGGGCUUGGCUUCUCUGAGCAGGGCUGACCUUCCCAGCGGACCGGGGCUCCCAGAGGACCCCAAAGGCCUGAAGAUGGUGCUCAGGCCCUCUCCGGCAGCAGCCCCCCACCCUGACCCCCAAGAUCUGAGUGCCAAGAAGGCUCCGACCAGAGGGAAGGCCAAGGCAGAGAACGCCCAGCUGGCCAAGAGCACGGGAGGAAUGCUACUUCAGCCCGGAAAAGCGACCGAAGUCAGCCAAGGAGGAGACCCUCCUAAGGUCGUGGUGGAAACUCAGGUGUGUUGGACUCAACACAUUACAACGAGCAGUAAGGAAGGUGUGGAGAAUGAGGAGCAACAGCCGGACCCUCCGGCUUCGGCGAAGAAACCGGUGGGGGCAGCGAUACCUGACGUGGAGCUGCUGAAGACGGGUGAGGACAACCUGGGAGGGUCUGGCUGUAGACCCCUCAAUGAGAAGAAUAUCUUCAGGCCGGUUCCUUCUGGCUGCCUUGCUCCAUCAGGGGCGAAGAAGGUCCCACUGUCGUGGGGGGCUGGCCAGAAGGAGAAGGAGCAGACCAGACAGUCGGACGGUCCCCUUGGGAGCGAUGGUAAGUUCCAAGGGCCAGCCGGCGCUGCUCAACUGUCCACGGAGUGGGUAAGCCCCUGCAACAACCCCCCAGAGAAGCUUCAGGCCCCAGAAAGCCACACCAAGACCGAGGCGAACACGGAGGCUCCAGGACCGGAGGUGGUCAAUUAUGAAUCCAUCUACCAGGAAUUUUUGGACAAAGGGGUGAACCUCUUCUACAGAGUGACCAUCCAACCGGGACAGUGGCCCCCCAGCAUCGUCAAGCAGAAGCCCAACGUCAUUUCCUCCGGCAUCUCCUACGCCGACGUCUUGAAGCAGUGCCCCCAGAAGAAGUCGCCCGCCAGCCCCGCGCCCGUCUUGCCCAAAGCUUUGCAGCACCUCAGCACGGCGGGCAAGAAGCUGCCCUGCUUCAAAGGGCCGGAGAGGAACAAUCCGGACGAGUUCUCUCCCCUCCGCCAGCUGUUCUUGGAGCACAUUAAAAAGGUCACCCCCAAGGAAUCGGCCCCGACCACUCCCACCCAACAGGUGGUCACCUUCUUGGAGGAACUGUCCGCCAGCAACCCCAAGCGGGCCGAAUGGCAGAGGCCCCGGCCCCCGACGCCAUACCCCCAGCGCCGUAAAGGCCAGGGUAAGAAGCUGUCCAAAUUUGGCACGGCCGUGUCCCAAGUGGUAGCCUUCCUGAGCAGCGACCCCAAAUACGAUUGGCUAGUGCACGACGAGAGCGACAUGAUCCUGGACGAGGUGCUCGGAGCUGGAGAAGAAGGGGCAGCCAACUGCACUGACCUGCCCAGCCCCGGGGGCAAAGGGGCAGAAGGCGGGGGUGCCUCCCAACCAGUGACCGCUCUCUUGUUGGACCAAGCCGUGGUGGCGGAAAUCAACGGGAGUCCCCAGAGAUCCUGCAGGAAGCCCCAAGGUCUGGAAGAGGGGGGCAAGGAAAGGUCCCCAGUGAAGGGCCUCUCGUCCAGCGUCGCCCAGCAUGCCGUCGCUCCACUGGGGAACGAUCCACCCCCGGGGCAGUUCAUUGGUUCAAGUCAGCCUCCUUCCCAGGAGACCCUGGAGGUCCGGCCGAAUUCUUCCAUCUAUCUCUGGGCCCCGGCGUGCGCUUUGUUGGACCCCGCGGCAGACCCGAAGGUGCCGGCAAGCGCCCCGCAAACGAGGCCCAAGGUCCGCAAGCAAAACCUGGCGGCUCCCAAAUCGAAAGAGAAGCUUAAGCCUCCAGGACAGCAGAAAGGGAAGCUGUUGAAAGGGAAAGGCGCGAAGCAGUGGCCCCGCCCUUUCGGCAUGAACUCCCAGCUGCGGUUGGACGGGGUCCCUCCUUUUCCGCCAUUCGAAAAGGUUGCAAGGCCGUUUUAUUUCGGAGAGCCUUUGGACCGAUCCCUUCCUCUGGACAAGCCCGCCAGCCUUGAACAAGACGCCUCUUCCACCCAGCCUAGUGCCGAACGAGAUCUGGAGGUAGACCGAUCCCGUGUCCACCACUGGCCGGCUUUCCAGGUUGCCGAUUCGUGUCCCAGGAGAUGCUACUGCAAACAUCAGGAGCAAAGGAAGCUACCCAAGAACGUUCUGGCCUGGCUCAACCCGUCUGCUAACCACCUGACGGAGCCUCCCUGGGUUGCUACUGUCAUGCUAGCCGUCUCCUUGGUAGCCGGGACCAAGUUCUGCCUGGAUUCUUACAAACAGCAACACUUAGCCAACGAGGACUGAACUACUACUUACUCCACGCUUCCUGCUCAAUAAACCUUGUACACCACCAGGGAGUUGCGAUUUUGCCUUUGCAGGGGUCUCCAACCUUGGCCAUUUUGAAGACUUGUGGACUUCGACUUCCAGCAUUCUUCAGCCAGCAUACUGGGGCACUUUAAGCAGCCUCGCUGGCUGGGGAAUUCAAUCAAUCAGUCAAUCAAUCAAUCAAUCAAUCAGAAUAGAGCUAGAAGGGACC